UAAUGGAUUAGCACGAUUUUACAAUGUUAGGAUGUUGUCUUCUUUAUCAGGAUAAAUGGGUGUUGAGGUCGUAGGUUUUGAGAUGGCAACCUCACCAGUAGCAGCUGUAAAUGAAGUUGACAAGUCUUCUCUCCACGAGAAACAAAAUGGGAAGUUGGAGAACGAAUCCAUCAAAUUUGGUUCGCACGGAGAUGAUCCUUCUCAAGUAGAAGAAAGCAAUGUAUCCAAUUUCCCCAAGGAAGCAGUUGAAGAGUGGCCUGAACCUAAGAAGAUCCAUACUUUCUACUUUGUCAGGCACCGAUUAUACAAUGAUCCAAAAAUAAAAGCGAAAAUAGACCAGACUGACAAAGAGCUCGAGAGGAGGAAUCAUGUCCUGUUUCAACUCAAUGAUGAAAUGAGAGCAAAGAAGGCUGAAAGGUCGGAGCUGAGUGCUCAGUUGUAUGCUUUGGUAACUGAGCGAAGGGGAUUUAAAGAAAUUUUGGAUGUGAAGAAAAAGGAGAUGGAACCUUUGCAGCAGGCUCUGGGGAAGCUGCGCAACACAAAUAGUGGUUUAUGCUCAUCUGAGGAGGAACUCAAUGAUCUUAUCCAGAGCUAUCAGUACCGCAUCCAACAUGAGAGCAUCCCAUUAGCUGAGGAGAAGCAACUCCUUAAGGAAAUCAAGCAGCUUGAGGGGACAAGGGAAAAGGUUAGAGCUCAAGAUGCAAUGAGAGCAAAGAUUCAGGACUCUAUGGGUCGAAAAGAAUCUAUUCAAGACCAGGUUAAGCUCAUGGGUGUCGAUUUGAAUGGAGUAAGGAAGGAGCACCAAGCGAUUUCUGGAAAGAUUAGUCACCUAGAAGAAAAAAGGAGGGCAGUGGACAAUGAUCUCAAGGCUUUGGAAAUUGAGAGAAAUGCUGCCCUAGAAAAGAUUGAGAAGUUCCUGUCCUUGUGGAAUGGGAACAAGACAUUCAGGGAUGACUAUGAGAAAAGAAUUCUGCCAUCACUAGAUAGUCGACAAUUGAGCAGGGAUGGACGGAUUAGAAACCCUGAUGAGAAACCACUGGUUGUACUUGAGGCACCUUUGCCUCCUGAAACUGAAGUAUUGCCAAAACCUACUGUAAAACGACCAAAGGAGGAUGCUAAGCACUCUCAUCAACAAGAUGUAUCACCUGCCAAGACGGUCCAGAAAGAAGUCAGUAACAAAGUAGCAGAUUCUAAAUCCACUUCAGAGGACUUUGACAUCGCAGACAAGGAGUACACUGUCCCUUCUCCGGUAGUUGAGGAAGUUGAUCCAGCAAAAUUGAAGGAGAUGAAAAGAGAAGAGGAACUUGCAAAAGCUAAGAUAGCCAUGGAAAGAAAAAAGAAGUUGGCAGAGAAAGCUGCUGCUAAAGCAGCUAUAAGAGCUCAAAAGGAAGCUGAGAAGAAGCUCAAGGAGCGUGAAAAGAAAGCAAAGAAGAAGGCUGCUGCUAACAUGCCUGAGGAAACGACUGAAGCACCUGUCGAGGUUUCAGAACCAGAGAAGAUAGAAGAAAAUAUCGAAGUACCUGCACCAGUGAAGAACAAACCUGAGAAGGAGAAAAUCCAAAAGGAGAAAUCUAUUAGGUACAGGAAUCGAAUGAAAGGUCCUGAAGCUCCUCCAAGAGCAAUCCUCAAACGCAAACGAUCAACUAAUUACUGGGUGUGGGCUGUUCCUGCGACUUUGGUAGUCCUGCUGCUUGUAGCGCUGGUGUACUUCUACCUUUUCUAAAGAAGCAAAAACUAGAAUCUCCUUUUCUUUUUUAACAUUGCGAAAAACUAGAAUGGAGUAGAAGAGUUAUGGACAAUCUUUUCCUAGUUUUGUUUUUUGGUUUACCUGGUUGAUGGGCAUGGAAGAGUGGCUAGAUCUAUAGUGCCAAGAUUAAAUUCAGUUUAGUUUUGUUCUUUUCAUCCUGUGGAGGGAAUAGGGAUGGACAGAAAAACUCAUAAUGGUGUUGGUAGUUUAGCCUGAAAUAUUUACUGAGCCAGAACCUUCAUACUUCUCUCUUGGUUGAUGCUUUUUCAGGUUUUUGACUUGUAAUCAUAAUUUUUAUCAGAAGCUCUUGCUUUUUAAGUAA